ACACGCUAACGUUGUGUCUAAAUAAACAAACCGUUUCCAAGUCAGCGCCUCGACUCACCACUUUAUCUGUGUUGUGGCAAAGCCGAGGCGUAACAUUUUGAAAGGUUGUGUCCAGGAGAUAGGAACAGGGAGCGGGGAUGAGUUAAGGAAGCUUACAAGGAGAAAAUCACGGGUUUUAAAGAGGAAAAUAAAAUAGCCGAAAAGUUUUGUUCUCGAAAGAACCGUUGGAGUACACCGUGACCAGCAAGAAACCAUUCAACUCCGAUCUCCGAUGCAAACCUAUGUUCUCUGGUGCUGUGCUGACCGUGGCAGCCAGGCUGAUAGUUGCCUUUUUGUACCCAGAGGAGCAGCUUUAGUGCAGCAUCUGCUACCAGCAAAGCUGCCCACACAUUAUCUCACCACCUUCCUCCGUCUGCUCCAUCAGACUUUCUCCAUCUGGUUGGAAUGUCCCAGUAAGCCAUGACAGAAGUCCAGCAUGAAGGAACUGAAAGUGGAACUGGAACUGAACCACAGAAUGCACCUUUGAUUCAGGGCUCCAUGGCAUAAAGCCUGUCCUCAGAUUCAGCUGGUCCCUGGGGAAAGCUGCCGAGAAGUCCACUACUCUGACGCCCUGCUGGCAUUUUCCACAGCCUGAGGGGAACCAGGAAGCAGCCGGCAGGAGCCAUGCCUGCCCUGGCCACCGGAGCCGGCCACGAGCCAGGCCUGUAUGAGCUGCUGGCGGCUUUGCCCUCCCAGCUGCAGCCCCAUGUCAGCCGCCCAGAGGACAACGCCUUCCUCCAGGACAUGUUUGGGGAGAGGAGCCUCCAGUCGCUGGUCAAGAUCCAUGAACGGCUGCAGCACUAUGAAGAGAGCAAACCCGUCCCCGUCCUGGACAGCGCUGCAGCUCUGGCCCAUGAAUUGUCUGAGGAGCUGGAGGGGAAAUCAGUCAAUGGAGAUGUCAAAGAGCUUCUCAAACUACUGGCCAAACCCCAUGUCAAGAGCCUUCUGACGGUCCACGACACAGUUGCCCGGAAGAGUUAUGACCCCGAACUACCUCCGCUGCCUGAAGACAUCGACGACGAUGAGGAUUCAGUGAAAAUCAUAAGACUGGUUAAAAACAAGGAGCCUCUUGGAGCAACAAUAAGGCGUGACGAACACACAGGGGCCAUCCUCGUGGCCAGGAUCAUGAGAGGAGGGGCAGCCGACAGAAGCGGACUGAUUCAUGUUGGGGAUGAACUGAAGGAGGUCAAUGGAAUCCCUGUGGAUGACAAGAAACCAGAGGAAAUCAUUCGUAUUCUGGCCCAGUCACAAGGAGCCAUUACCUUUAAAGUUGUUCCCGGCGUCAAGGAGGAGGCGCCAACCAAGGAGCCAAAGGUGUUUGUGAAGGCACUCUUUGACUACGACCCUAAGGACGACAAAGCCAUCCCAUGUAAGGAGGCUGGACUUGCUUUCAAGAAGGGCUCCAUCCUUCAGAUCAUGAGCCAAGAUGAUGCAACUUGGUGGCAGGCCAAAAUCGAAGGUGAUGCUAACCCCCGUGCUGGCUUAAUCCCGUCCAAACAGUUCCAGGAGAGGAGAUUUGCACUGCGGCGACCUGUUGCGACUCUCCCGUUACAGAGGACCUCUAGCAAACGAUCAUCGGGGUUCAGGAGAAGCUUCCGUCUCAGCAGGAGAGACAAGAAGACCAACAAGUCCAUGUAUGAGAGUAAGAAGAGUGAAAUGUACGACAUGGCUGACGUGCCCACAUAUGAGGAGGUCACCUCAUACCGCAGGCAGAGCGGAGCUAAACACAGGCUGGUGGUCCUAGUAGGACCCACAGGUGUCGGCUUGAACGAGCUUAAGAGGAAGUUGUUGAUCUGUGACCCUCAACACUUCAGUGUGACUAUUCCACACACCAGUCGGGCCAAGAAGAACCAGGAAAGCGACGGCGUGGAGUACCACUUCAUCUCCAAAAAUCUUUUUGAGACGGACAUCCACAACAACAAGUUCAUCGAAUACGGCGAGUACAAAGGGAAUUACUACGGGACAAGCUUAGACUCGAUACGCUCCGUCCUCUCCAAGAACAAAGUGUGCCUAUUGGAUGUCCAGCCUCAUACGAUAAAGCACCUGCGGACGGCAGAGUUUAAACCCUUUGUAGUGUUUGUGAAGCCUCCGACAGUUGAGAGAUUGAGAGAGACCAGGAAGAACGCCAAGAUCAUAUCAGGCAAAGACGACAAGGGAUCCGCCAAGUCAUUCACGGAGGACGACUUUCAGGAGAUGGUGAAAACUGCCCAGUCGAUGGAGACUCAGUACGGUCAUCUGUUUGAGAAGGUCAUCGUGAACGAUGACCUCUCGGCGGCCUUCAGUGAGCUGCGGUUGGCACUAAAGAAAGUGGAGACUGAGACUCACUGGGUUCCAGUCAGCUGGACUCACUCCUGAGACCCACACUUACUGUAAAAGGAAAAAAGGGAAGGGCUUUGACAAAAAUAUGCAGGUUUUUUAUCUUUUUUAUAUCUGCUGCGGCUGGUGUUGGGGGGAUAACGGGAAUAAAACAAGACAGCGCCAGACUGCUGUGUCGCCAUACCUGAGGUGCACAGAGCUAAAAAUAAGCUUUUGCCUGGGAUCAGGUCGGAUUUAGACCUCAGCUGCGGUCUGGAUGUGAAUCUCCAGGUCUGACCAGAUCUGACAGGGUUGAGGCUUAGGGCGUCCGUCCAGAAUAUGGGCCUUGGACACUGAACCGGGUCUCAGUCUGGGUCACACAACCAUGGCCACGAGUUGGAGCUCUUUAGUCCAAACCAGAAUGUGGAACGAGCCUGGACCAUCAUAGCACCAGCAGUCCUGCCAGCACAUCAGCAACCUUGCCAACCAGGACUCCUUUAGUGUGUUUAUAACAUUAGACCAUUAGAAACCAAAGGGAUUGACAUAUUUCUUCUUGGUUGGCAACUUACAUGUAUAAGUUGUCCACCAACUUCUGUAAGAGAACAGAACCUCUGAGGGGGAAAUGGGUGAAAGGAAAAACAUACUUGCCUUCUGUCUUACUUCUUCUGUGCUUCUAAAAUGCUUCCAUGACUGUUACCCCAAACAAAACAUUGUCAGGUACACUCUCAAGAAAGGGCAAUAAGUGUAAUUUUAUUUAAGAGAAAUUAAUAUAUUUUCUAAAAUGUUCCAUUUUUGUUUUUGUUUUUUGGCAUAUCUUUUAUAUACAUAUCUUGACUCUUAGAGAAACCCACUCUUAACUGUAGCCUCCUCUCUGACAGCUUUUUACGCCAGAGACAUCUCCUCUUUCAGUCAAGUGUUUUGAUUUCAUCACCCUAGUCUAGUUUUCCCCCUACAAAGCACAUAAAGAGCUAUUUUAUUUAGGUGUUAUAUAUUCCAUUUAGGAGCAUUUUGAAAAGCCACCCUUCAUAUGAAGGUGCCCAGCAUAACAGCUUUGCCAUUUAAAGUCCCAGAACUGGACACUCUUGGCCGUCUGCUAGAAGAAAAUGUUCACAAUUCUGUUUUAUUAGGGUGGAGGCUCUAUUUUUAUUCACAUAAAAAUGGCUUCAGCAAGGCUGCUAAUAGUGGGUCCAUAGCACACUUCCAGGAUUUUAAUUUAGAGAAAUGCUAAGUAGCCGCUCCUGACUUUAUGAGCAUUAGAAGUUUAUUGCUAAUUUGAGUCUCCCAUUCCCAGUCUAACUUACUCGUUUUUUACUCUGUACUUUUCCUUUUUAAGCUUCUAUCAUAGCAUUAUUUAACUCUAAAUUCUGGGAGACUGAUUUUAAAAGCAGCUAGUUAUUAAUCAUGGCUCUAUCAUUGUCAUUAACAUUAUUACAGCCCUUGUAGAUCAGUGGUUCUUUGCUGCUAAUGUAGUGAAAGCCUGUUGAAGAGAGUUAUUUUACAGAUUUAAAAUGCAACAUUUUGGGAAGUAUGUGUCUAUACAUACAUUGAGUAUGGAGCUGUAAAGCCAUGUGGUGACUAGCUUAGCUUUGCAUGACUGGAAACGGGGGGAAACAGCUAGUCUGGCUCUUCAAAGGUACAUCUAAAGUUAUGAUUUUAUGAACUUGUUUCUGUUUAUGAAAAAGACACAUGUUCAUUUGGGAGCUUUAGAGAGCUUGUAGAAAUAUUUUUAAACCUUCCCACUCCUUCCAAUCUUUACACUAAACUAAGCUAAUUACCUCCUGGCUCUAGCUCCAUACUUAACAUAGAGGUAUGAGAGUAAACAUUCUUCUUUUCACUUUGAAAAAUUGACUACUUUACUGGCUGAUAUGUCCAGCUCAAGUUACUUUUGCCCAAAUUCAUCAUCAUGUGCAUUUAUGUUAUCUUUUACCACAGAAUAUUCCAUUUAUAAAUUUGAUUUCUGUCCACUUUUUAAAAAGGGUUAUGAGAGUUUAUGCUGUUCAGUAAUGAUAACACACUUUUCAAAGGGACUUUAACACCCCUCACCCCUUUAUUUAGCUCCUUGGUUUUGUUAUCAUCACAUUAAGUUCCCUUUUUACAUGUUUUUUUUUUACUUGUUGAUCUCCUCAUAUCUGACCCCCCAGCCAUCCAUCUUGUUGAUUCAAAUCAGAUUUGUACAGUCUCCAGAAAAUAUUUGUAAUUUCUUGCUGUAAAUGAAAUGCUGUUUAUGAGGCAAGGCGUAUGAAUUUACAUUAUUCUUGAUAACUGCUACAUUUUAUAUUAAAGGAAAUCCAACUAAACGUGUA